AUGGAGGAAACUGAGACUUUUACCCUUUUACCAUUACAUAUCGAUUAUCAAUCGAAAGCCCUCUCCACCUCCUCCAAUUCCAAAGCCCUCAAUGAAGAGUUAGAAGAAAUCAAUACACUCUGUCGCACUCUCCUUGCGAUAGAGUCGCCAAUUCCUCCUCCACCGGUACCCGUAAACCCAAAACGUUCCGCCGGAAUUACCAAAUUGCGAGAAGCAGGCAACGGCGAGUUUCGAAAAGGUAGACAUGGAGAAGCUAUAAAAAUGUAUACUCUAGGCUUGGAAAUGGCAUUAAAGAGACCACUUUGGGAACCAUGCGGCUUGGUUAGAGAUGAAGUGUCAGGAUUGUAUGCGAACAGAGCGCAGGCGCAUAUGGCGUUGCAGAAUUGGGUUGAGGGGGCUUUGGAUGCGGAGAGUAGUGUGGAGGCUAAGAGAGGUGGAAAUGCGAAGGCUUGGUGGAGGAGAGGAAAGUGUUUGAUGGAGAUGGGUAGGUUGGAUGAGGCGAAGGAGUGGCUUGGACGGGGAUUGGAAAUGGAGAAUAAUGAAGGGGAUCUGGUGGCUUUGUUGAAGGAGAUUGAGGCGAGGGAAAAGAAGACUUUACAUGUUUAA